AUGUUUUUACAAGGAAUAAUGUCUCCGGAAAUCCUUUUUGAAACAAUUCAAGUAGAAAUUUCAGAAGUGUAUCAAGAGCACAUUUCCACCUAUUGUCAGUACUUAGAGAAAAUAAUAGAGCAAUACGGAGUAGAAAAAAUGAAUUAUAAAAAUCGAGAUGUUGAGGUGCUGGAAUAUAUUAUUGAUCGUAAUGAAAUAAUAUUGCCUACUGAAAUUCAGCUCACAAAUAAAUAUAACUACAGCACUGAGAAAUUUGGCUCAUAUGCUUCAUCUAACUCAUGGGCAAGCUGCUUUUGUUAUUAUUGAUGGAUAUGAUAA